CGGAGUAUAUAUUCCGUCGCUUACGGAGAUUCAAGCCGACCAAAAGGGUGUUCCGUCGCUUGCAGAAUCCGGAGUCGCUAACUCCAAUCGAAGCUUCGACUCCCUUCGCGAAGUUGCUAGCUUCCACGUGGGGAAUUCGGCUCAGGAAACUGAACCGGUGUACAGUGUAUAUAGUUGUAAAUAGUGUAAAUAAAUUGUGAAAGUUAAAGGAAGCAAAGCUUUAUUCAAAAAAUCAAGCGUAACUGAAAUCCAAGUUUCCUGCCCCGAGGUCCUUGUACGCGCAUGAACAAUAUAGUUUGUAAUAUAAAAUAAAUUUAAUAGUAAUUGCAGACAAAAGAUUGAUAUAAGCAUCUAUAGAACAUAUAGCACGAUGACACGACAAAUUUUUAUUGGUCCAUUGAUUCAUACAAAUGAAAAUGAAGAAUUGAUUAUUAAGGAGCGCGUUGCUGUAUAUAUUGACGGUGGCAAGAUUAUUAACGUUAAGGAGACUCUACCAACAAAUCAUGACAAGAUAAUUGAUUUUGUCGCAAACUUUUGUGCAAAAAAAGAUAUAAAUAUUUUAUCACCUGGACAGUUUAUGACGCCCGGAUUUAUCGAUUGCCAUACUCAUGCAAACCAGUUUCCGAAUCUUGGACUUGGUUAUAACAAACCUCUGUUAGGCUGGCUGGAGACCUAUACCUAUCCGCUGGAGAAAAAGUUUAUUGAUACAAAAUAUGCAGAGACAGUGUUUGAGGCAGUUGUGAAACGGACUAUCGAAAUGGGCACAACAACGGCGUGCUACUUUGCAUCUUUAUAUACCAAGGCGUCUGUAAUCCUCGCGAAAAAAACUGUGGAGCUGGGUCAACGAGCUUUCAUCGGGAAAGUGAACAUGAGCACUCCGCGUGACGAUGAAUAUUACGAAAGCGUCCAGGAGUCAAUUAAGAACACUCAGGCUUUCAUAGAGUCUAUUGAGCAAAUAAAGAAUCCACUUGUGAAGCCGAUCGUCACGCCUAGAUUCGCGUUGAGCUGCGACAUGGAAUUAAUGAAAAAGCUGGCAGAGAUCGCCAAGGACAAAGACUUGCAUAUACAGACUCAUAUCUCUGAAAAUGAGGACGAGGUAGAAAAAGUGAAACAAACUUUUUCAAAUACGUAUGCGGCUGUGUAUAAUUCUGCUGGUCUUCUUACUAGAAAGACAAUUUUAGCGCACGGAAUCUAUCUCGAUGACAGCGAACUUGCUCUUCUCAAAAAAAAAGGAACAGCUGUAAUUCACUGUCCCUCUUCAAAUACAAAUCUGAAAAGCGGCCUUUGCGACGUGCAGAAAUUAAAGACUGAGGGUAUCACGGUCGGACUUGGAACAGAUGUUUCUGGUGGAGCCAGUUACAGUAUGUUGAACGAGAUGAGAUCGGCUUUACAAGUAUCAAAUUCUAUAUUUUUUAUGAAAAAAAAAGAAAAAGAAAAAUAUACGCCGCUUAAUUACAAACAAGUCUUCUAUAUGGCAACAUUGGGAGGUGCCGAAGCACUCUCAAUUGACAACGAAGUCGGUAAUUUGACGAAAGGCAAACAAUUCGAUGCUCUCAUAAUUGAAAUGGAUGCAAAAGACAACUUGUUGAAUAAUUUGAAAAUAUUUGACAAGCUUAAGGAGGACUUUCAGAGAUUUAUAUACACCGGUGAUGAUCGUAAUAUAGUAUCAGUAUAUGUAAAUGGUAAUAAAGUUAAAUAAGAAGCUUUCCUACCGUUUACAUAUAAAAUAUUUUUAAAUAUUUUUACAAUGUUUUAUAAUUUGUCAAGUAAAAAAUUUUUAUCUUCGUACAGUGUUGUCUGUAUAAUUUCAUAUGCUAUAACAAAUUAAUAAAUUGUGCAAUGUAUAAGUCGGUUGAAUAAAGUUUUAACUUUUCUUUCAGAAACAUCA